CUCCCCUCUGUGCUGCCUUCGGCUCCUGCCCUUCAAGAUGUCGCAACAACCCCUCAGCAGGUCAACGCCGGUGUAGCUAGAGUCACUAACCCAUCCGAGACACCUAUUUUCAUAUGUGCUCUAGACGAGUGCAACAGGCUGUUCCCCUCGCGGGAUCGUCUCAUGGCUCAUCGCCGCGCUGCUCAUGCUACGGAUGAUGACGGGGAUAUUAUCACUUGGAAUGAGUAG